AUGCUCGCCCCGGGGCCGUCCCACAUGGAUUUUUACAACCUCACGUCUCCUUGGCCCCGGGCGGCCGGGAGGAGCCGGAGCCGGCGCCAGAGCCGGAGCCGGAGCGUGCAGGAGCGGGAGGAGGAGAAGGAGGAGCCGGGCGGGGAGGGAGGGAGCAGCGAAGGAGGAAGGGCGCCGCUCGCAGGGCCGAGGCCGGGCGCCGGGCCGGGCGGGGCCGACGGCCGAGGGGGCGGCACCCGCCGCAGUCCCGAGACGCGCGCUCGCGCGGGCGCAGCCAGACCUGCGCUCCGCCGCGCCCCCAGCCCCGCCGCUCCGCGCGCUCUCUCGCUCGCUCGCUCGCUCGCUCUCCGCGGCCCUGACUCACAUUCCCAGCAUUCCCGAGGAGCCGCUAGGGGGGCCAGGGCAGGGACGCGGGCACCUCCGCGGGGGGCAGCAGAGAGCGCCCGGCCCGGGCAGGGUGCGGGCGCUGGGGGUUUUCAAGCGCCUCUUCCCGGGAGGCCACAGUCUCUGAGCUUCUCAUCUCCAUCUCAUGUUCCCGAUGCUCCUUGCCGGGUACCCACCUCCAAACGCUGCCAGGAAAGAAGAGAAUGGAAGAUGAAUGGAGCAAGGAAAAAAUACCAACAUCAUCAUCAUCAUCAUAGCUGCCAUCAUUCACUGAGUGCCUCGUCUGCACCCAGCAAAGUGUGUGCAUUAUCCUAUUUAAGUGAGUCUUCUGGACGUUCAAAUGAAGCAAAUCCAGACAUGGGAUGUCUGGGUGAGCAGAGGCAAGGAGCUAUAACAAUGUGAUAACAGAGUUGGCAGCAUCCAUGACUCCACUGCCAUGGAAAAGUUUCUCCAUGGCUGUCUACUACCUGCAAUCAAGAGAAUCCUCAUAUACAUAUUCUUCUGCAAUUUUAUUUUCAGCUAAAACUACAUCAUGGACAGAUUCCAUGUCAGGGCAAAUCUCCCUCUUCCCUUUCAAUAGCUGAAUAUAGUCAAUUCUGUGGAUGAAUGUUUGUGACUUUUUUCUAGCACCAAGAACAUAAGAAGGUUUUACAAGUGAUAAACACAGAAAAAUAUAUUCAGACAGAAGAGCUGUAGCCACAUCUUAAGUGAUGAUGAUUGUUAUGCAAAUGAGGGACCAGCACUAAUAAAGUUUAAGUAGCACUUAUUCCCCAGCCACCCAUGCAGGACUCAUUAUCCUUGCUUUAGUGAGACUACUUUGUGCCAUUUAAUACCACCUCUGCUAGAUGACUAAGGCCUAUGCCUUCUGCAUCCCAGUUUCUCUACCAAUCUACUAGUAAAUUUGAACUCAUCCAUUCAUUCCAAGGAUCUUUAAACCUCUGUUAGAGGAACAUUUUGAGGGAAGUUGAGAGGAGGUAUACAUUUGCAUUAGGUAUCGAGGCC